UCCCGCCCAUCCCGCUCCGGGAGGAGAGACAGUGUCCCGGGAGUGGGGGGCCAUGGCCGGGUCCUUCCCCCCGGGGCUAACCCCUCCAAACCGACACCACAUCCCAGGGUAUUCCGGGCACUGCCCCCAGCUCCGGUUCAGCCUAGGCCACACCUAUGGGCAUUUGACUGCCCGGCUGCUGCGGGACCCUCCAGCCUCAGCCCAGCCCCCCACCCGCUUUGUGCUGCUGGCCCCGACCCGGCCUCCGCGGUGCCCUGAUAUCCCCAGGAAGGAACGGCUUUCCUGGCCAGGACAUGAGAGACUUAGUUGCAACCUGGUUCCGGGGUACACAGGCUUUGUGCCCCGAUCCCGGCCCAUCUUUGCCAAGAGCUACAGCCGGGUUUGUGCUCAGGCCCUGAGCGAGUUUACCCAUCGCGGGGUGAGGCCCAGGGAGCAGACCAGAGUCCUGAAGUCACAGCCCCCGAGAGCCGAACGUGUGCCCACCGCGCCCCGCGACUCCCCUUACUCAAGGGAGAACGGGGACCCCGGUAAAGGCUUCGUCUCAGGUUUCACUGGCUUCGUGCCCGGCGCUCGCUUCCUCUUCGGCUCCGGAUUCCCCGUCCUCGCCCACCAGGCUCUGCGGGAGAUCAGGCGUCCCGGUCCACGGAAAGGUCAAGCCGAGCUCUUCCCGCCGCUCGACAGCACCUACCCCGGAGCCCCGGGUGGGCCGCCUCGCUCCAGGGGCCCCGUGCCAGUUGAGGGCCCGGCGGCCCGAGACUGACAAACAGCCAGAGAGGCCGUCCCGACUCAUCAGCCCACCCCGGCACCAAGCCCUGGGGAUCCUGGGACGAAGGGAAUCCACUCACGAGGGAGGCCACGGUCUGAAAUAGGGUGGACACGACAGGAGCGACGGGGACAUCCGCUCAGACCGAACGGUAACAGGAUGGAGGGCGGGGGUGGAGGGGGCCUGGGCGAGACAGGUGGACGGGCCACGCUGACCUGGCUCGGGACUGAAACUCUCAGCCCUGGGAAUGGCUCCCCUGAGGCCCCAGGGCAGAUAUUCCAGUUCGGUCCCACCUGGGAAUCUUAACCCUGGCGCCCGGGCUUCCGCAGGCUCCGGAAGCGGCUUCCGGCCUGAGACCCUAGGCUUAAGCGCUCAGUUCGGUGCUCCGCACGCACUAAGCGUUCGAUAAAUACG